CAUUGCAGUAAAUAACCGAACGGCACGGCAUUUAAAAUACCUUGAACGCGUAACAUAGAGUGCGACCCGCGUUUCGUGUAGAGGAUGCCUUGCAAAGGAUUGUUUGUGUUUUUGGUUGUACUGAUACCCCCGUAUUGUAUCAUAGGACAGAAGAUAGCUGCCUUUAAUGUCCAAAUAUUCGGACAAACUAAGGCACAAAAACCUGAUGUUAUGGACAUACUGAAACAGAUUAUUCGCAGAUAUGAUGUCAUCUUGAUACAAGAGAUUCGAGAUAUCGCUGAGACAGCCAUAUUUGACCUGUUAGCAUUGGUCAAUGAAGGGGCGACCGAGUACUCCAUAAUACAGAGCGUGAGACUAGGUCGGACAAGUAGUAAAGAGCAAUAUGCCUAUAUACAGUGGCAAUUCUGCUUUCUGCAUUCCAGAAGCGAGCUAUCUGUGACAGAUGAAUUUGUAUUUAACGACGUGUCAGAUGUUUUUGAAAGAGAGCCGUAUAUUGUUAGAUUUGAAGCUGCCACAAAACAUGUGACGGACUUUACACUAGUCGGACUUCACACUAAGCCAACAGACGCCGUAGCCGAACUUGACGGCCUUAUCCCUGUCAUGGCUUACAUAGAGGAUCGAUUUUCGAACAACCCUACUGAAAACAUCAUGAUCCUCGGGGACCUAAACGCUGAUUGUAGCUAUGUUACCAACGCGGAGGAAGCUGCUCUUGCUCUACGUACAACUCCAGGAUAUCAUUGGUUUAUAAAUGAUGACGAUGAUACCACAGUAAGCGCGACAUCGUGCGCAUACGAUAGGUUUAUAGUAACAAGUCCAGGGAUCUUUGAUUAUGAGAAGACAACUUCGAUAUUCCGAUUUGACCUGGAAUACGGGCUGACCAAUGAAUUUGCCAUUACCGUCAGUGACCACUAUCCCAUUGAAAUGGAAUUCAUCCCGAACACUCCAAAAGGCUACAUGAUUGGUUCAUUUAAUAUUCAAAUAUUCGGGGUUACAAAGGCAUCUAAACCUGAGGUUAUGGAGAUUUUAUCAAAAAUAAUUCAGAGGUAUGAUAUCAUAUUCAUCCAGGAGAUACGAGAUAUAUCCGGUGAUGCCAUCGAGGAGUUACUGAGUUUGACAAAUACAGAAGGGCCUGAACAGUAUGCUAUGACGGUUAGUGAGCGCCUCGGGAGAUCUUCCAGCAAAGAACAAUAUGCGUACAUGUAUAGGUUAUCCACAACUUCUGUGAUAUCUUCAUACGUUUUUGACGACGCUCAGGAUGUAUUUGAGAGGGAGCCAUACAUCGUAGAAUUCUCUACGCAAGAAGCAGCCGUACCUGAGUUUGCGCUAGCUGGUAUACACGUGAAACCAUCAGAUGCUCUUGCUGAACUAGACGCCCUGGCCCAGGUCCACACGGACAUUACAAACCGCCUCAACACAGAUGAGGUUGUCUUCUUGGGUGACUUUAACGCUGAUUGUAGCUACUUGAACGCUGGUGAGAGGGAUGCGUUAGUUUUAAAGUCCAGUGAUUACUAUUGGCCGAUUGGGGCUGAUGUUGACACAACAGUGUCUAGCUCAGACUGUGCAUAUGACAGAUUCAUAUUCGUAAGCAGCAGUGACAUGAAAACAAAUUUGAAACCAAACUCUGUCAAGCCAUUUCUCUUUGACCAGGCGUACAAUCUAUCAAGCGAACAGGCUCUGGCUGUCAGCGACCACUAUCCAGUUGAAAUGGAAAUUUAUCGAUAA